AGACACACCAUCACCAUGUCUCUGUACCGCAACUCCGCCUGGUUCCUGAAGGGAGUGACCGAGUUCACCAGGAGUGCCUUCCUGGCGGCCUCCAAGAGUUUUGUGGAGAAGGACCUGGAGGUGUCCAUGGCCGGACGCGUCUUCAUGAUAACAGGAGCCAACAGCGGCAUUGGGAAAGCGACCGCCAUGGCCAUCGCCAAGAAAGGUGGAACGAUCCACAUGGUGUGCAGGAACAAGGACAAGGCCGAGGAGGCGAGGGCUGAUAUCGUCAAGGAGACGGGAAAUAAAGAGGUGUAUGUUCACAUCCUGGACCUGUCUGAGACCAGGAAGGUCGGGGAGUUUGCCGAGGCCUUCAAGAGGAAGUACAAAGCGCUCAAUGUACUGAUCAAUAACGCCGGCUCCAUCAUGAGUCAAAGGGACGUGAACACUGAGGGGCUGGAGAAGAGCUUCGCCUCCAACGUCCUUGGGGUUUACAUUCUCACCAAGACUCUCAUUCCGUUGCUGGAGAAGAGCGCAGAUCCCAGAGUGAUCACAGUGUCUUCAGGGGGAAUGUUGGUGCAGAAGCUCAGGACGGGAAACCUUCAGUCUGAGAGGGGUCGCUAUGACGCCACCAUGGUCUACGCCCAGCACAAAAGGCAGCAGGUGGUGAUGACAGAGCAGCUGGCAAAGACUCACACUAACAUCCACUUCUCCGUCAUGCACCCCGGCUGGGUCGACACUCCAGCGGUGGCCAACGCCAUGCCAGACUUCCAUCGCUCCAUGAAGGACAGUCUGAGGGCCCCGGAGCAGGGGGCCGACACCGUGGUUUGGUUGGCCAUGUCUGAGGCUGCAACCACAAACCCCAACGGCCUUUUCUACCAAGACCGAAAGAUGGUGUCCGCCCACCUGCCGCUGGCCUGGACCCGCAGCUCCCCCCUGGAGGAGCAGAAGUUAAUGUCUCUGCUGGAGGAAUUGGCCAAGACGUUUCAGCCACACUGA